UAUAUAGAAUUACCCAUAAAUAUUUGAUGUAUGGAUUCGUUGAUGGAAAUCGUUUAUAAAACCUAUUCAACAUCAGUCGGGCGAUAUGAUUCUAGUACCCUUUUCCAAUCCGCUUUUAUUUCCCUUCAACUUUCUUUCACUCUCUUCUACAACCACGCGCCACCAAAGAAGCCAUGGCCACGGCGAGGACGAUGAGCAUCGUGGAUCAUGAACUCCCGGACGAUACACACAACAUCUACGACGUCACAUUCUUCGAAGACACCAUCUCAACCAUAGUCACAAAUACACCAUCAUACGUCGACACUUGGAUCUCCGACAUCGAACGCAUCCACCGCAGCCGUCUCCACUCCCUCGUCGUCGGCCUCGAUGUUGAGUGGCGUCCUAACCAGAGUCGGAACUUCGAAAACCCAGUGGCCACGCUCCAACUCUGCGUGGGACGCAGCUGCUUAAUUUUUCAGAUCCUCCACUCCCCUAACGUCCCUUCGUCGCUCCGAAACUUCUUCAGCAAUCCCUCCUACACCUUCGCCGGCGUUGGGAUCGAUAACGACUUGGAGAAGCUUACGGAAGAUUACAAUCUGGUGGCUGCGAAAACGGCUGAUGUGAGGGCGUUGGCUGCGGAGAAGUAUGGUUUGAGGGAGCUUAAGAAUUCAGGGUUGAAAGAAUUGACGAGAAGGGUUCUUGGGAAGGAGGUGAGCAAGCCGAAGGCGAUUACGAUGAGCAGAUGGGAUAAUCAAUGGCUGACUUCGUCUCAGGUACAGUAUGCUUGCAUCGAUGCUUUCUUGAGUUUUGAGAUCGCGAGGGUCUUGAUUUCUGGGAAUCAGAACUGAAUUUGAAUUCGCCAUCUUUGAUCUAAGGUAAUUUGAUUUAGGGUUCUUAAUUUUUCAUGUUUGAUUUGAUGAUGAUUUAUCUAUCCAUUUAGGAUUUGGGUUUUACAAAACGAUUCUGUACAGGAUUUGGAUCUAUGUUAUAUAUUUCUUAGUGUUCUGUGUUCA